AUGGCCUCGGCUGCUAAUGCGCCCUCCGAGCAGGAAAACGGAGACCCCGAUCGGCCGAGGAUAACGCGGAGGAACAGGGGGGACUAUACCCGCGGCGCGCCGCUGGAUUUGGAGUAUCUGCAGCGGCCGAGCUACUGCGAUGCGGGCUUCGCUCUGGAGCAGAUAUCGGAGGGAAAGGCGACUGGGAGGAAGGCACCUCUGUGGCUGAGAGCGAAGUUCCAGAGAUUUUUAUUCAGGCUGGGCUGUUACAUACAAAAGAACUGUGGAAAGUUUUUGGUUGUGGGCCUCAUGAUAUUCGGAGCUUUCGCCGUGGGUUUAAGGGCAGCUAAUCUGGAAACGGACGUGGAGAAGCUCUGGGUUGAAGUUGGUGGGCGUGUUAACCAGGAACUGAAGUACACACGACAGAAGAUGGGGGAGGAGUCCAUGUUUAACCCUCAGCUGAUGAUCCAGACGCCGCGGGAGGAGGGAGGCAACGUCCUAACGGUCGAGGCCCUUUUGCAGCACCUGGAGUCAGCUCUCAGAGCCAGCAGAGUUCAUGUUUACCUUUACAAUAGGCAAUGGAAAUUGGAACAUUUAUGUUACAAAUCAGGAGAACUAGUCACAGAAACACAUUAUAUGAAUCAGAUAAUAGAACAGCUUCACCCCUGCCUUAUCAUCACCCCUUUGGACUGUUUCUGGGAAGGAGCUAAACUUCACUCUGGAAUGGUCUAUCUCCCAGGCGAGGUUCCUAAGCAAUGGACUGAUUUUGACCCCAAGGAAUUCCUUGAAAAGUUACGAAAAGCAAACAUUCCCGUAGAAAGCUUUGAGGACAUGUUGGAAAAGGCGGACAUCGGGCACGGUUACAUGGAUAGACCCUGUCUUAACCCUGCUGACCCCGACUGCCCUGACACAGCACCCAAUAAGAAUUCAACUAAGCCGUUCAACGUGGCGCGGGUUCUGAGCGGUGGCUGCCACGGCCUCUCCAGGAAGUACAUGCACUGGCAGGAGGAACUCAUCGUGGGGGGCACCACAAAGAAUGGCAGCGGACCCCUACUCAGUGCCCAGGCUUUACAGACCAUGUUCCAGCUGAUGACCCCCAAGCAGAUGUUCGAGCACUUUCGGGACUGGGAUGAGGUUUCCCACAUCAACUGGAACGAAGAAAAGGCCGCAGCUAUACUGGAAGCCUGGCAGAGGAGAUACUCUGAGGCAGUUCUGCAUAGUGUGGCAGCGAAUUCAUCCCAGAAGGUCUUAACCUUCACCACCACCACUCUGGAGGAUAUUCUCAAGUCUUUUUCUGACAUCAGCGUCAUCCGUGUGGCCAGCGGAUACCUCCUGAUGCUGGCCUAUGCGUGUCUGACCAUGCUGCGGUGGGACUGUGCCAAGUCUCAGGGUGCCGUGGGGCUGGCCGGCGUCCUGCUGGUGACGCUGUCUGUGGCGGCUGGUCUGGGCCUCUGUUCUCUCCUGGGAAUCUCCUUCAAUGCUGCCACCACCCAGGUUCUUCCCUUCCUGGCUCUGGGAGUCGGAGUGGAUGACGUCUUCCUCCUCGCCCAUGCCUUCAGUGAGACCGGACAGAACAAGAGGAUACCGUUUGAGGACCGUACGGGGGAGUGUCUGAAGAGGACGGGGGCCAGCGUGGCUCUCACCUCCAUCAGCAACGUCACGGCCUUCUUCAUGGCGGCCCUCAUCCCCAUCCCAGCGCUUCGAGCUUUUUCUUUGCAGGCCGCAGUGGUUGUCGUGUUUAACUUCGCCAUGGUGUUGCUCAUCUUCCCCGCCAUCCUCAGCAUGGACCUCUACCGACGAGAAGAAAGGCGCUUUGACAUCUUCUGCUGCUUCCACAGCCCAUGUGCCAAUCGAGUGAUUCAGAUGGAGCCCCAGGCGUACCUGGACGGAGGAGAUGCGGGACGCUACAGCCCUCCGCCGCUGUACCGCACGCCUCCGCCUUCCUAUCAGACGCCUCCCCCGAGCUACAGCAGCCACAGCUUCGCCCAGCAGACCCAGAUCACCAUGCAGUCAACGGUGCAGCUCAGGACGGAGUACGACCCCCGCACCCAAGCCUUCUACACCACGGCCGAGCCCAGGUCGCAGAUCUCGGUGCAGCCGAUCAACCCGGUUCCGACGAGGGGCAACCCCAGUGGCGACUAUUACAAUAACAACAACAACAAUAUCGGCGGCGGCGGCGGGAGCGCCCGCGGCGGCAAUCUGGGCAACAACAAUGGGGGCCGGGGGAACGGGGGCGCCACAGGCUCUGCCGCCUUCGCACAUCAUUAUCCUGCGGCUACGUCCGGCGGCUGCACGGUUCCUCAGGGCGAUUCAGCCUCCACGACCAGCCAGGGCCCGGAGAACAACAGCUCCACCCGGGACCUCCUGUCUCAGAUGGGAGAGGCCUCGAUGGGCCUGCGGUGCCUCGAGCCCUCCUGCUCCCGCUGGACCUUGGCCUCUUUCGCUGAGAAGCACUAUGCUCCGUUCCUUCUGCGACCCACCACCAAGGUGGUUGUGAUUAUGCUAUUCCUGGGCCUGCUGGGAAUCAGCUUGUACGGGACCACCCAGGUGCGGGACGGCCUGGAGCUGACGGACAUCGUGCCCAGAGAGACCAGCGAGUACGACUUCAUCGGCGCUCAGUUCAAGUUCUUCUCCUUCUACAACAUGUACGUGGUGACGCAGCGGGCCGACUACACCCAGAGCCAGCUGCUGUUGCACCAGCUGCACCAAAGGUUCCACACCGUUCCCUACGUGUUGAAGGAGGACAAGGGCCAGCUGCCUCGCAUGUGGCUCCACUACUUCAGGGACUGGCUGCAAGGACUCCAGCAGGCGUUCGACAAGGACUGGGAGGCCGGGCGGAUCACCGUCAGCAGCUACAAGAACGGUUCCGAUGAUGGCGUCCUGGCUUACAAGCUGUUGGUGCAGACAGGACGCAGGGACAAACCCAUCAACUUCAGCCAGCUGACUCGGCAGAGACUCGUGGAUGCAGAUGGGAUCAUCAACCCUGGAGCUUUCUACAUCUACCUAACCGCCUGGGUCAGCAACGAUCCCGUCGCGUAUGCCGCCUCACAGGCCAACAUCCGUCCACACCCUCCCGAGUGGCUCCACGACCGGACUGACUCCAUGCCCGAAACGCGUCUCAGCAUUCCUGCUGCCGAGCCCAUCGAAUAUGCACAGUUCCCCUUCUACCUCAACGGGCUCCGGGAGACCCCACAGUUUGUGGAGGCCAUCGAGAGCGUGCGGGCGAUCUGCAACAACUACAGCCGACAAGGCCUGCCCUCCUACCCCAACGGCUACCCUUUCCUCUUCUGGGAGCAGUAUGUCAGUCUGCGCCACUGGCUUCUUCUUUCCAUCAGUGUUGUGCUUGCCUGCACCUUUCUGGUCUGUGCCCUGUUUCUGCUCAACCCGUGGACUGCUGGCAUCAUAGUGCUUGUGCUCUCUCUGAUGACUGUGGAGCUGUUUGGCUUCAUGGGACUGAUGGCAAUCAAGCUGAGUGCUGUUCCUGUUGUCAUUCUCAUCGCCUCAGUGGGCAUUGGAGUGGAGUUCACCGUCCAUGUGGCUCUGGCAUUCCUGACAGCUAUAGGGGAUCGUCACAGACGGGCAGUGCUGGCACUGGAGCACAUGUUUGCCCCAGUGCUGGAUGGAGCCUUCUCUACGCUACUGGGCGUCCUAAUGCUCGCAGGCUCAGAGUUCGACUUUAUCGUCAGGUAUUUCUUUGCAGUGUUAGCCAUCCUGACAGUUCUAGGAGUGCUGAACGGACUGGUCCUUCUCCCAGUAUUACUCUCGUACUUUGGACCCUAUCCAGAGGUUUCACCAGCUGACGGCCGAAGUCGGUUGCCUACCCCUUGCCCAGAGGCCCCUCCUCGAGUGGUCCAUUUCUCGGUCCGUCCUCACCAAACCUCCGGACCCACCACAAACUCGGGCGGUGCCACGGACUCGUCAGACUCUGAGUACAGCUCUAAUGCCACGGUGUCUGGAAUAAGCCAAGAGAUGCAGAACCACAACCUUUACACGCACAGAGGACAAGCUCAAACCGAGGAGCAGCACUACCACCUCCAUACCAACAGGGGCAGAGCGACCAGGACAGAGGAGGAAAGAAGGAUGGGGUCAGGGCAACGCCGUUCACCCAGACAGCAGCCUGACCCCCCUGCCUAUACUGUGUCUUCGUUUGUUCCCUCUCAGGGUUGUGAUUCCGGGCUUCAGCAUGGCAUUACUCAGCGAAACUGCAGCAGGGACCUCAGGAGCCAGCAGCACUGGCAGGCCUCGCCCCCGGCCCCCCCGCGCAUGGACGCUUUUGAAACUGCUACUGAGGCUGGGGGCCAUCACGGCCCUCGCAGCUACAGAGAACACUCAGCGGGCCACGGCGGCCACUCUUCUCACAACUCACAGCCUCGUCAUCACCAGCAGCAUCAUCACCACCUCCCGCACCAACACCCCAACAACGCUCCUUUUUGUCAGCCCAUCACCACGGUGACGGCGUCGGCCUCGGUCACUGUAGCCGUUCACCCCGCCCCGUUCUCCGCCCAGGGUCCGGUUUCCUCCUUCCCAGAAUACGGCACAACAACAAACAGUUACUGCCCAUCGGGGCCCGAGGAGCCAGAGCCAGCGUUCCAGGACCCCCACGUGCCUCUGUACACCCACACAGGGAGUAGGGAGGCCAAGGUGGAGGCCGUGGAGCUCCAAGAUUUGGAAGUAGAGGCAGCUGAGAGGGACCGUGGCAGACGGGCUAGCUGAGAUGAGACUUCAGCAGGUACAGAGGCCUUUCUUUAUUUAUUCGCAGACAGAGAAUCAAAUAAUAUUACUAGAAAUGCACAGAAAAUUUGAGAGUAAUCAGUCUGCUUAAGUCCAUUUAGUGAACACGCAAUACCUUAGUGCUAUGAAGGUGAAGAUUCUCAGUCAUCCAUCUAGAAACCAACCUUAAACAGAGGAGGAAGCCUUAGGUUCCAACUCUCAGA